AUGCUGCUCUUACUGAUCCUUCUGCUGCCGGCAGUCUGUGAACUCGGUUUUGUUGGUCCGUCAGCUCUGCAGCGCUGGAACUGUCCGGAAGCUCCUCCGUCUGGCAACGCGACUCCCACCUGCCUGGGUCCUGCACCCUUCUUAAUUUUCUCCCAUGGAAACAGCAUCUUUAGGAUUGAUUUGGAAGGAACAAAUCACGAGCGACUGGUGGCAGAUGCUGGCCCCUCGGUGAUCAUGGACUUCCAUUACAACGAGGAAAGAAUCUAUUGGGUGGAUUUAGAAAGACAACUUUUGCAAAGAGUUUUUCUGAAUGGGUCAAGGCAAGAGAGGGUGUGCAAUAUAGAGAAAAAUAUUUCUGGAAUGGCAAUAAAUUGGAUAAACGAAGAAGUUAUUUGGUCAAAUCAACAGGAAGGAAUCAUUACAGUAACAGAUAUGAAAGGAAAUAACUCCCAUGUUCUUUUAAGUGCCUUAAAAUAUCCUGCAAAUAUAGCGAUUGAUCCAGUAGCAAGGUUGCUAUUCUGGUCUUCGGAGCGGGCCGGCAGCCUUCACAGAGCAGAUCUCCGCGGUGUGGACGUGAAGACUCUGUUGGAGACGUCACAGACGAUAACGGCCAUGUCACUAGAUGUGCUCGCCAAGCGGCUCUUUUGGGUUCAGCACGGCAGAGAAGGAAGCGAUUCUCGUAUCUGUUCCUGUGAUUACGACGGAGGUUCUGUCCGUCUCAGCAAAUACCAAACACAGCACAAUGUGUUCGCAAUGUCCCUUUUUGGUGACCGCGUCUUCUAUUCAACACGGAAGACGAAGACAAUUUGGAUAGCCGACAGACGCACCGGGAAGGAUAUGGUCAGAAUUAGCCUCGAUCCGUCAUUUGUACCACCCGGUGAACUUAAAGUAGUGCAUCCGCUCAUACGGCCCACGGCCCAGGACGGAGCUCAGGAGUCUGAGCAGAAACUUUGCAAACGGAGGGAAGGAAACUGCCCCGGCGGCGCGUGCCCGGGAGACCCCCAGGCUCAGCAGUGCGCGUGCGCGGAGGGAUACGCCGCGAGCCCGGACGGGCUGUCCUGCGAAGAUGUCAACGAAUGUGCCUUUUGGAAUCACGGCUGUACGCUUGGGUGUGAAAACACCCCUGGAUCCUAUUACUGCACGUGCCCUGUGGGAUUUGUUCUGCUUCCUGAUGGGAAACGAUGUCAUCAAUACGUUUCCUGUCCGAGCAAUGUAUCUGAAUGCAGCCACGAUUGUGUUCUGACAUCAGAUGGUCCCAUGUGUUUCUGUCCUGAAGGCUCAGUGCUUGAGACAGAUGGAAAAACGUGUAGUGGCUGUUCCUCACCUGAUAAUGGCGGCUGUGGCCAGCUCUGCAUUCGUCUCAGCCCAGUGUCCUGGGAAUGUGGCUGCCUUCCUGGGUAUGACCUACAGCUGGAUAAAAAAAGCUGUGAAGCUUCAGGACCACAACCAUUUUUGCUGUUUGCCAAUUCGCAAGACAUUCGACACAUGCAUUUUGAUGGAACAGAUUACAGAACCCUGCUCGGCCAGCAGGUGGGAAUGGUCUUUGCCCUGGAUCAUGACCCUGUGGAGAAUAAGAUGUACUUUGCCCAUACGGCCCUGAAGCGGAUAGAGAGGGCUAAUCUGGAUGGCUCCCAGCGAGAGAGGCUCAUUGAGGAAGCAGUAGGUGUUCCAGAAGGUCUUGCCGUGGACUGGAUGGGCCGUAGGCUCUACUGGACAGACAGAGGGAAAUCUCUCAUUGAAGGGAGUGAUUUAAAUGGAAAACGUCGAGAAAUAAUCAUUAAGGAGAACAUUUCUCAGCCUCGAGGAAUUGCUGUUCAUCCAGUGGCCAAGUGGUCGUCGCAAAGACCGCGAAGGUGUAUUGAUGGAUUUGGGUCGUUUCCAGGUCGCCCGUUUGCCAUGGCUGUGUUUGGGGAUCACGUGUGGUUCUCGGACUGGGCUGUGCCGUCGGUAGUGAGGCUGAACAAGAGGACUGGCCGAAACCGGGUUCGUCUCCGCGGCAGCAUGCUGAAGCCCUCGUCACUGGUCGUGGUUCACCCUCUGGCGAAACCAGGAGCAGAUCCCUGCUUGCAUCAAAACGGAGGCUGCGAACAGAUUUGCGAAGCGAGGUUUGGAACUGCUUGGUGUUCAUGCCGCGAGGGUUUUAUGAAAGCCCCAGAUGGGAAAAUGUGUCUGGCUCUGAAUGGCCAUCAGAUGCCAGCAGGUGGCGUAGCUGAUGUAAGUGACCAAGUAACACCACUGGAUGCCUUCUCCAGGACUAGGGUGUCAGAAGAUAGCGUUACAGAAGCUCAGUACAUGCUGGUUGCUGAGAUCAUGGUGUCAGAUCGAGACGCCUGUGCUCCUGCGGGGUGCAGCACGCAUGCCUGGUGUGUUUCGGAGGGAGAGGACGCCGUGUGUCAGUGUUUGAAAGGAUUUGCUGGGGAUGGAAGACUGUGCUCCGAUAUAGACGAAUGUGAGCUGGGUGUCCCAGUGUGCCCUCCCGCCUCCUCCGAGUGCGUCAACACCAACGGUGGCUACGUCUGCCGGUGUUCGGAAGGCUACCGAGGAGACGGGCUUCGCUGUCUCGAUAUUGACGAGUGCCAGCUGGGGACGCACCGCUGUGGAGAAAAUGCCAGUUGCACAAACACAGAGGGAGGCUACGCCUGCACGUGCGCCGGCCGCCCGUCUGCACCCGGACUGGUCUGCCCUGACUCUACUCCACCCUCUGACCUCGGGGAAGACGGCCGCUAUCCCGUCAGAAAUAGCUACCCGGGGUGUCCCCCAUCCCACGACGGGUACUGCCUGCACGGCGGCGCGUGCAUGUACGUGGAGGCCGUGGACAGCUACGCGUGCAACUGUGUUGUUGGCUUCGUCGGGGAGCGGUGUCAGCACCGAGACCUGAAGUGGGAGCUGCGCCACGCCGGCCUCGGACGGCAGUGGAACGUCACCGUGGCGGCUGUCUGUGUGGUGGCUCUCGUCCUGCUGCUCCUCCUGGGGCUCUGGGGGGCUCGUUACUACAGGACUCAGAAGCUGCUCUUGAAAAAUCCGAAGAACCCAUAUGAUGAGCCCAGCAGAGAUGUGAGUGGCAGCUGGCCUGCCACCAGCGCGGCUGGAAUGUCUUCUUGCCCCCAACCUUGGUUCGUGGUUAUAAAGGAACACCAAGAUCUGGGGAAUGGGCGUCAACCCGUGGCUGGCAAGGAUGGCGGCCAGUUUUCCUCCCUGCAGCCUGGGUCAGUGCAACCGACUUUGUGGAGGAAGGGGCCCCAGACGUCCGGAACGGGCACAGAGGAAGGCUGCUGGAUUCCACCAUCCAGCGAUAAAGGCUCCUGUCCCCAGGUAAUGGAGCGAAGCUUUCAUCUGCCCUUGUACCGGGCACGGCCCCUUGCGGAGGGAGUUAAGAAGCCCCAUUCUCUCCCGUCAUCUAACCCAUUAUGA